CUCUCUCAGAGAGCAGUCCCUUGGCGUGCUGGUGCGCCAGAUUUACAGAGAAGUAGAGUCUCUACCGCCACCCUACCCGCGCUAUUCCGAGUGUUAAUCUGCCUUAAAGUACACUCACUAAAAUGAACGACACUCAAAUUAGAUAGUACCCAGUGAUUUCGUGUUGUGGCAGAACUCCCUCCGAGGCCGUGUCUCCUUUCUCCCUUCAGGUCCUCUACUUUUUCAAGUAACAACAACGUAUUGCAUUUGGCGAGGGCGGACAAGGAAUGAAUCACUUGGGUACUGUCUAUGCUGUUAUUUUUUUAUCCGGGUUUGAGGAGACUUGGAGUUGUAGCAGACCAGGAAAGGAGAGUGACGUAAAAAGAACCUUGUCUCACUGUGGAACUAACUUGUGCUAACUUGAAUUCUUCUGUUGAAGAUGAAGCAAGAAGGUUCCCGAAGUGCAACCUAUACUGUCGAAUGUGAGGAUUAUGUGCAUGUGGUGGAAUUCAACCCAUUUGAGAGUGGGACAGCAGAAUCUCUCAUUGCAUAUGGCGGCAAUAAUUAUGUAGUUGUUGGCACCUGCAGGUUCCAGGAGGAGGAUGCAGAAGUGGAAGGUAUACAGUAUAAAACACUAAGGAUGUUUCAUCAUGGGAUUAGAGUUGAUGCCAUUGUAUGGAGUCCAGAGACCAGACUUGAUAAUUUACCUCCCCAGAUACGGUUUUGUACUGCGGCUGCUGACAGGAAGUUAAGAUUAUUCACAUCAGAUCUACAAGAAAAGGAUGAAUAUAAAGUCUUAGAAGGUCAUUCAGAUUACAUUAAUGAUUUGGUAUUUUCACCUAGAGAUGGUCAAGAAAUUGCAAGUGUGGUCGUCACUCACACUUGCAGAAUAUGGGACUUGGAAGGGAAUUUGAAAGCUUACUUUGUUCUGCGUUCUCCAGGAAUGAGUGUUGGCUGGCAUCCUGAAGAUGCAUUCAAGUUGAUGGUUGCAGAGAAGAAUGGAACAAUAAGAUUCUAUGAUCUUGUAACCCAUCAGGCAGUCUUGUCUCUUACAACGGAUCAAACACCACUGAUGUCAGCAUGCUGGUGUUUAAAAAAUACGUUUAAAGUUGGAGCAGUUUCAGGAAAUGACUGGUUCAUCUGGGACAUUACUCGAUCUAGUUACCCUUUGGAUAAGAGACCUGUCCAUGCAGAUAGAGCCAGAUUAUUCAGGUGGUCCAGAGUCAAUGAAAACUUGUUUGCUACUACUGGCUAUCCAGGAAAAAUGGCCAGCCAGCUUCUAGUUCAUCAUUUAGGACACCCUCAGCCCAUCCUAAUUGGUUCUGCAUCUGUAGGAUCUGGUUUAACCUGGCAUAGAACACUUCCAUUGUGCGUCGUGGGAGGAGAUCAUAAACUUUAUUUCUGGGUGACAGAAAUGUAAACGUGUAUGCAUGAUGUUUAAUAGUCUUCGUUAUUGGGGUGGGGCAUUCAUUAUUUUAUAUUAACAUGUACUAGCCCAUUAAUAAAGUACCAAAUGGCUACAUUCAAGAAA